CCCGAGCGGCCGCGGCCCCUUUAAGGAGCCGCUCUGCGGUAACCCGAGCCCGCAGUCCGGGCGGGCGCGGCGGCCGCGGCGGUAGCUGUAGUCUCUGUGACUGCUUCUCCGAGCGGCCCGGGGCCCCGCGGCUCCCCUGGCUCCCGCCGAGCAUCUCGCGGGGCGACUCUGGCCGGCGCCAGCCCUCGGGCCGAGCCAGAUGACCAGGUUUCUGUAACCACCCGCCGCCGUCCCCGGCCCCGUGCAGCCGCCGCCCGCGCGCGAGUCGCCCCGGGACCCGGCACAGGUUGAAGAAAUAUGGACACCAACACCAAACUGGUCUUCAACAGUGUUAUUACCAGUUUUUUCACCUUUCAGCUUCUUUUCUACUUUAUAAGUUUCUGGUUUUCAGCAAAAGUUUCUCCAGGUUUUAAUAGUCUCAGCUAUGAGAAGAAGAUUGAAUGGAACUCAAGGGUGGGAUCUACAUGCCAUUCUUUGGUGGUUGGGCUUUUCGGCCUAUACAUUUUGUUUUUUGAUGAGGUUGCAAAGGCUGAUCCACUCUGGGGUGAUUCAUCGCUUGUGAAAGUGAAUAUCUCUAUUGCUACAGGCUACCUCAUUUCUGAUUUGUUGAUUCUCAUUUUGUAUUGGAAAGUGAUUGGUGACAAAUAUUUUAUAAUUCACCAUUGUGCAGCGCUGUAUGCAUACUACUUUGUACUGAGGGAUGGAGUCCUGGCAUACAUUGGGAAUUUUCGCCUGCUUGCAGAACUUUCCAGCCCUUUUGUGAAUCAGCGGUGGUUCUUUGAAGCUCUGAAGUAUCCUAAGUUUUCCAAGGCUAACGUCAUCAAUGGAAUACUCAUGACAGUGGUGUUCUUCAUCGUACGGAUUGUUCCAAUACCUCCUUUUUAUAGUUACAUAUAUUCCUUGUUAGGAACAGAAGCCUACAUAAGGCUUGGAUUUUUAAUCCAAUGUUCCUGGAUCUCUACUUGUGUUGUUUUGGAUGUGAUGAAUGUCAUGUGGAUGAUCAAAAUUACAAAGGGUUGCAUCAAAGUCAUCUCUCUCAUCAGACAAGAGAAAGCCAAAAGUAGUCUGCAGAAUGGAAAACUUGACUAAAGGUGGGCUACUGAUAAGCAUACUUCCUUACUACCCACAUUAUAUCUACUGAUAGGAUGAAUUCUUGGCAUGUUCUAGUACUUCUUAUUAAUUAUAUUUGUUAACAAGGGUUUCAAUGCUUUUUUUUUUUAAUCUUUAGAAAAGAGAAACUAAAACUUAG